CAUCCGUGACGGCACCAUGAAGACAUUCGUGUUGUUGGCGAUCUGCGGUGCUGCCUUGGCCGCCGCCGAUUUCGACUCGCAAUGUGCGCCCACGGCUGAUCCUGGACCGUGCAAGGGUUACUUCCCCGUGUGGUGGUACAACGUUCUCACGAGCAAGUGCGAAGAGUUCAUCUACGGCGGUUGCCAGGGAAACGACAACAAGUACAGAACCAAAGAAGAAUGCGAGAAAACCUGCGCCGAAGCAUCAGCGAAGCUGAACGUCAACGCUGGGCGGAAGCUCUUGGAAGUCGAGUUUUGGAGUGCGACUGCAGCGCCAGAACGCACAGCCUAG